AUGUCUAAAAUAUCAGACGGUUGGAUUGCAUUCAUAGGAUGUUUAAUAGUGGUAGCAGUAACAGCGGGAAUUAUUGUUGGCUCCAUAGGAGCGUCACUCUACGUGCCUGAAAAACAAGCUGAAGAAAAUUAUUCAAAUGUAACAACCUUUACAAACACAACAUGCAUGAUUCAAAAUUAUACUACUAACGCAAGUCAGUGUUCAAUUCCACAUUACACAUGCACACAAAACGGAUUUUCACAAACAUGCUCAACUACUUAUACAUAUUAUACAUGUUAUUAUCAAUCAUACACUGUUGUAUAUACUAUACUGAAUAAUAACACAAUACAAUCAAUUAUAAUAGAACCAUUAACCAUUCCUUCAAAAGCGGUAAGACAAUAACAUCUUCGUGUUCACUUACUUUCACAAAACAUCUUCAAUAAUCUAUCCUUUUUUUUCCUCCGUUAUGUAUACGUAUUCCCAAAUGGUUUCGACGUAUACAAGUCUCUACACUGUAAAAAGAAAAGCGCUUGACUGGCCUAGAGAAGAGCACU